CAUCUUACACGUUAUGGCAGGGAAAGGUAGGGGCAUAGCAGCCUUCACCUUUAACGUUGAAGCCUUGGGCAUAACUAGGGCUUCUAUGCCCGAGACCAGGGCUGGGCCACAACCGUUAUUCCCGCAAACUGACUUUAAGCCUGUGCCUUUGAACGCUGGUGACGACGAGGAGUACAUGUUAGCUCUGAAACAGGAGAUCCGCGGGACGAUGAAAAACCUCCCUUUCAGCAUUCAGCCGCAGGCAGAAAGAGGAGAUGUGGAACGGUACAAGGAGAAGUACGUGAGGGAGUAUCAGAAAGUAAAGGAUGAAGAAUGGACACCAGACUGGACACGUCUUCCAAAGGAACUGAUGCCUCUGAAGAAAAAAACCAGAAAGAAAACGAACAAUAAGAAACCUAAAAAAGUAUCAUUUGAAGACAAAGCAGAUGUGUUGACUAAACUUGAUGAGCUGGAGAAGAACCAAGAUGAUAAAUCAGAUGAAGAGAAGGAGGAAAAGAAAACGCAGGAAGAAGAUGAAGAAGUAGAAGGCGAGGAGUACGAUGAGGAAGAACUGGAGGAGGAGAAUGACUACAUAGCAAGCUACUUUGAAGAUGGGGAUGACUAUGGGGCUGGAAGUGACGACAACAUGGAUGAAGCCACAUAUUAAU